AUGCUGAGGAUGCUGAGCGCCGAGCGGCUCUCGCUGCCGGGGCCCGAGUACCUGGCUCAAAGACAUGUCCUCACGUACAUGGAGGAUGCAGUGAGCCAGCUGCUGGAGAACAGAGAAGAUAUUAGUCAGUAUGGCAUUGCCAGGUUCUUCACUGAAUAUUUUAACAGUGUUCGUCAAGGAACGCACAUUUUGUUCCGCGAAUUCAGCUUUGUCCAAGCUACCCCCCACAACAGGGCAUCUUUUCUUCGGACCUUUUGGAGAUGUUUCCGUACAGUGGGGAAAAACGGAGAUUUGCUGGCAGCCCAGGAAUACCACUGCUUGCUGCAGCUGCUCUGCCCCGACUUCCCCAUGGAUCUCACUCAGAAGGCAGCAAGGAUUGUGCUGAUGGAUGAUGCUAUGGAUUGCCUGAUGUCUUUUUCUGACUUCCUGUUUGCCUUCCAGAUCCAAUUCUACUACUCAGAGUUCCUGGAAAGUGUAGCUGCCAUUUAUCAAGACCUGUUGGCUGGUAAGAGUCCAAACACUGUGAUUGUGCCAACGUCAUCCUCUGGGCAACAUCGGCAGCGCCAGCCCCCGAAUGACUGCAACCCACUCGAUGGGGUUGAGGCAUCUCUCUUCUAUCAGUGCCUAGAGUCCUUGUUUGACAGAUCGAAAUACAGCUGUCCACCUUCUGCUCUUGUGAAGGAAAUCCUGAGUAGUGUACAGAGGUUGACCUUCUAUGAGUUCCUUAUGGCACUUGCAAAACAUCAGGGCAUCAACAGAGCCCUAGGGGUUCUGCCAGAUAAAGGAGACUUGUUUCUGGACCCUGCCAUGGAUCAGGAAAUUGAAAAAUUGGUAGCUCAGGUUGCAGGGCUUUCCCUCCCUGCUCCCAGCAGCUCCAGUGGGGAUGCAGCUAACUUGCCUGUCCGCAGCGUGCCCAGGAUUAGCUCUCCCUGGAAGCCUCUCCACCAGCGCCGAAAAAUGGAUGCUGAGAGCGAAGGCUCCAACGAAGAGACAGACUCCUCUGAAAACUGAAGGCCGUGAGGGUUGGCACCGGUGUCYCCAGCGCUCCCCGGAGGAGCAGCACCUCCUCCUCGACACCUGCCGUGCUGCUGGGCUCCAUCCACACAUCGCGUGCCUGUGCCAAGCGCUGCUGCUUGCCCUGUCAGCGCCCAGGCAGAACGCUGCCAGCCUCCCAGCUCCARAGCUGCGGGGAGCUGCUGGGUGUGAGCCCUGCGGAGCUGCAGAGCCAGCCUACCCUCUGCUGGCGAGCAAGACAAGGCAGCAGAGCGCGGCUCUGCGGCAGCCGGGGGCAAGCCGUGGGCGAUGCUCCGCAGGGCGCUCGCUCCCAGCCUUGGGCAGGUGCCAGAGCAGCAGGAGCGCGUCCUGUGCUGGCUGCUCACCAGCCUCACGUUGUCGCUGCGCUCAGGCUGAGCUUAAAGUGCCACUGGCUGCGCUGCGCUCGUGCUCUCUUAUUCCCAGUAAAGCUGCACCUGCAUUUGAUCAAAGCUGUAUAAAUUCCUGGAGUUCCUAGAACAGAAGAGCUUACGGGGUGCCCUGCCACCUGUCCCUACUUCUUCCUGCCUGCGCCCAAGCACUGCCAGGGCAAAUAAGGUAGAUUCCCGUUGAGUAAGUACAUGAUGGGGUCUGGUGCCGCCACUGUAUCCUGUGCCCUUCUGUGGGGCCUGCCAUUGUCCCCACUGCCUCACACAGCAUAAUGAGGGGAAACAAAAGGCAAAAAGCCUGGCUUGGUGCAAGGCAGCUUUGGGGCUGUGGUGGGGGGUCGGAGCAGGGAGGCAGCUGUUAGAACUGCUGGGCCCCUGGUGGUGGAGCCAGUGCAGAUUAAUGGGCAUGAGGGGAGGAGGACACAGCUCGCAAAUCCCUGUGUUGUUGUUUUGUUUUUUAACAUAAACGCUGGCAUUCCUCUAUCAUCACAGCGUAGCCCUUCCACCCAACCAGGUGAAGUGCGCGCGGCCGGGACGGCUCAGCGGCACGGCCUGCACAGCCCCCGGCAUGCUGCUGGCUCCCAGCAGGGAUGGGCUCCUCUUGCCCCAGGGGGAAGAACUCGCUUCCCUUGGCCCUUCCAGGAGCCCCGGCCUCACAGCCACAACACGGACCCCAGGGCACCUUCACGCACAGCUCAGAGCUCUCCUAAGCCAGAGUGGAUUUAGCCCCGUGAAGCUAUUUUUGGCUAAUCCCCUAAGCACAGGUGACUCUGCACUGCUUCCCCAUCACGGCACCAGGGGUAAGAGCUACUUAUUGUACCUUAUUAAUUUAUCAGCGUGUCCUUCCGCUGCUCGCUGCUGUCCUGCUCCAUGGGGCAGUGCGAGCCCCAGCU